AUGUAUGAGCACAACGACGGGAGGGACACAAAGACGAGAGCGAGCACGUUCCCAACUUGGACCAAGACUGCGAAGCUGGCUUCAGGGGGAGACAAGAUAGCGGCCGUCUCAGAGGACAAGCCGCAUGGCGAACUCUCUAUCAAGCUCAAGCCAAAUUUUUGA